AUGAUUACGUGUCUUCGUGAGAAAGAGAUUGACAUCGGUAUUGGUCUGACGGAAGGAUGGGUUGCGGGUCUUACUGGAAAGUCGCAGCUGCACCAGAAUGUUGUCUCAGGCGGAUACAAGGUUGUCGGCCACUGGGUCGAGACGCCAUUGCGGUGGGCAAUCGUGACAGGAAGGGAGAGAGAAGAUAUCAAUAGCGUUAGUGAUCUGAAGGGUAGCAGAGUCGGUGUUAGUCGAUUGGGAAGUGGUUCGCACAUCAUGUCUUUCGUCCUCUCUCAACAACAAGGCUGGGGCCCCGACUCUCUCAGCACUGUUCCGCUCGGUCCUUUCAGCGACCUUCGUGACGGUGUAACUGGAUUCGAUGCUAAGAACCCAGACAAGCCGCCCAAGCCCGCUGCGGAGUUCUUCAUGUGGGAGCAGUUCACCACUAAGCCCUACUUCCACCAGACUGCGGACAAGCCCCAUCCCCCUCUCAAGAAGAUCGGUGAAAUCUAUACCCCAUGGCCAUCGUGGCUGGUUGUUGCCUCCACAUCGACUUUCCCCAAUCCUGAGAAGGAUGAGAAUCUGGCAAAGCUAUUUGAAGUCUUAGAUCAGGGUAUUAAGGAGUUCGAGGGAAAUACCGACCAGGCCGUCAAGUUGCUGGGCACUGGAGAACUUGGCUGCACAUACACCGAAGACGACGCCAAGGAAUGGUUGAAGGAUGUCAGGUUCGCGCAGGGAGGAACGAGGGGUGUCGACAAGAAGGUCAUCGAAGGCGUCGUGGACGUUCUGAAGGUUGCUGGAGUUGUCUCAGAGGAUAUGAAGAACGAUGAGGCUGUCCAGAGAGUUGUCGGAAUCUCGAGAUAA